AUGACGCCGAGCAUCAUAGUCGGCGAUGUCGCGAACGGCGGCCUUCGCACCCACGAAGGCCCUCCAUUGCCUCCAUCCAACAGCACCUACAUGAGCGGGACAAACAGCACACACACCAACGGCACCAACGGUACCCACGCCAAUGGAACCCAUGAUGCAACGAGACCAGAGAAUGACGCCGCCCCAAUCGCCAUCUGCGGCAUGGGUGUGCGCUUACCAGGCGGAAUCCGCAGUUCAUCCGACCUCUUCACCUUCCUCUUCAACAAGGGCGACGCGCGGAACAUCGUCCCCCCAGACCGAUACAACGUCGAAGCCUACUACGACCCUUCCGGGAAACCGGGCACCAUGAACACAAAGCACGGGUACUACCUAGACGACAUCAACCUGGGGGACUUCGACGCCUCGAUGUUCGGCAUGUCCAAUGCUGAACUAUCGACGCUCGACCCGGCGCAACGCCUCCUCCUCGAAGUGACACGCGAAGCACUCGAGUCAGCGGGUGAGGGAGACUUCCGCGGAUCGAAUAUCGGGACCUUCAUUGGAGAUUUCACGGAGGAUUGGCAGGAUAUGCAGAACAUCGAUCUGCUGAAUCACCAGCCGUAUCUGAUGCUGGGGAGGUCGGACUUUGCGCUUGCGAACCGAAUUGCAUUCGAGUAUGAUUUGCUUGGGCCCAGCGUGACGACGAAGACGGCCUGCUCUGCGACGGCCGAGGCAGUCCACCAGGCAGUGCUGGCCAUUCGGUCUGGGUCUUGUUCUGGGGCUGUCGUGGGAGGGGCGAAUGUGAUUAUCACGCCGAGAACGAGCAUCUCCAUGUCGAUGCUGGGGCUGUUGGCGCCGGACGGCAACUGCAAGACCUUUGAUGCGAGUGCUGAUGGGUUUGCUCGCGGGGAGUCGGUGUGCGCGCUGUACCUGAAGCGUCUUGACGAGGCAGUCCGAGACGGAAACCCCAUCCGCGCUGUCAUCCGCGCGUGUGAUAGCAAUGCUGACGGCGGGGAUGGGUCGCGGACAUUCGGGACACCGAACCCCAGGGCGCAGGAGGCGCUGAUCCGGCAGACUUAUGCUUCUGCGGGAGUGUCGCUUGGGGAUACCAAGGUUGUUGAGCUACACGGUACAGGGACCGUGGUUGGGGAUCCGUUAGAGACAGCAGCUGUUGCGCAGUGCUUCGGUGGUGACGACCGGCUUUAUAUCGGGUCUGUGAAGCCCAACCUGGGGCAUGGAGAGGGUGCGUCUGCUUUGACGAGUAUAGUAAAGUCGAUCGUAGCAUUGGAGAAUAAAACGCUCUUGCCCAAUAUCAAGUUCAACAAUCCGAACCCCAAGAUUCCCUGGCAUCGGAAUCUGCAUGUCCCGGUAGAGCCAACACCAUGGCCGGAUGCGACGCAGGAACGAAUCAGUAUCAACUCGUUCGGUCUGGGAGGGUCCAAUGUACAUUUGGUCCUCGACUCCGCCGAGUCCAUGCGAGUCGCAUCACAACCUUGUCAGCAAAUGAUCAAUGGCCACAGUCUCCCCACGCGCAGGACCUUGUUCCUGAUAUCCGGAAACAGUGAACCGGCAAUCACGGAGUUAUCGGCCACUUACGCAGACUACCUGCAAAAGAACCCAUCACGGCAGGACGCCAUGGCUUACACUCUUGCCUCACGACGCGAACGUCUGAAGUUGGGCAGUUAUUGCAUCGCGGACGGUGUCAGCAUUAGCAAGCCCGCUACUCCAUCGGAUAGCAAAGGAGUCCACGCGGUUGCAUUCGUCUUUACAGGACAGGGAGCGCAGUGGGUGGGCAUGGGCCGCGAAAUGGUAGAAGAAAACAUCGCCUUCCUUGCGAGCAUCGACGAGAUGGAUCAAGUGCUGCGAUCCGUGGAGCAUCCUCCUGACUGGACCUUACGAGAGCUGUUACGGUUGAGUCCCUCGACAGACAAGGAUGCGUUUACUCCCCCGGACGUGUCGCAGCCUCUGUGUGCAGCCUUGCAGAUCGCCUACGUGGAUGCCCUUGCGGCGUGGGAUAUCAAGCCAUCCGCUGUCGUCGGACACUCCAGUGGUGAAGUCGCCGCGGCGUAUGCUGCCGGGGUGUUGACAAGGCGAGAGGCCAUUAUUGCUGCCUACUAUCGGGGAUACGCCUGUGCGCGAUGCGAGACCCCCGGGGCCAUGGCAGCCGUCGGUUUGGGCAGUGAAGAGGUUAAGCGGUAUCUGAAGCCUGGUGUCGUGCUGGCGUGCGAGAACAGCAAUGCGAGUGUGACCAUCUCUGGCGACGUCGAUGCUGUCAAAGAGACCAUGGCGAGCCUGCAGCAGGAAAAGCCCAAUGUGUUUGUCCGCCAGCUUCGCGUGCCCAUCGCAUAUCAUUCCCAUCACAUCAGGGCCAUCGGCGAGCUCUAUAGGUCUUUAGUUUCACCAUCUCUGGCGCCAAAACCCCCAACUGUACCAUUCUACUCAACGGUCUACGGUCGAAUAGUCCGCGAAAGCAAGGCCCUGGAUGCCCAGUACUGGCAAUUGAACAUCGAACAGCCAGUACUCUUCCGCACCGCAGUGUCGAAGAUGUUAGCUGAUCUGUCCACCACCGCAUACCUAGAAAUAGGUCCUCACUCGGCCAUGGCCGGGCCCCUUCGCCAGAUAUUCAAGGAGGCGGACAAUACAUCAGCACCGUACACGUCGGUUGCUGAACGGGCCCAAGACGCUGCCCAUACUUUCCUUUCUGCCAUCGGCAACCUCUUUUGUUUCGGUAUAACACCGCGAGUCCCAGUCUCCGAAAACGCCUUCACUCUUCCUGACCUCCCCACCUACCCUUGGAGCUAUACAACGCCCUACUGGUCUGAAACUAGAAUGACGGCUGCCUGGCGCUUCCGUAAACACCGUCCACACGAGCUCCUCGGCCAACGGAUCCUCGAGAGCAGUGAUCUCGAGCCCGCAUGGAGGAACCUCCUCCGCCUUAGCGAUGUCCCAUGGCUGAUGGGCCACUGUGUUGAGAAGGACGUUGUCUUCCCUGCAGCUGGGUAUAUAGCCAUGGCUGGGACGGCGGUAUCCCAACUACCAGGUUCAAGAUCAGAGUACACAGUACAGCAUGUGAGUCUCGCCGCUGCAAUGCUACUAGAGGAGGGAAAGACCAUCGAGCUCGUGACGACGCUUCGCAAGCACGCCUUGACUUCGUCGAAUGACAGUCGGUGGUGGGAGUUUUCCAUUUGCUCUGAGACUAGAGGGAACUGGACGAAGCACUGCUGGGGUUUGGUCACGGACGGAUGUGCCGUGGCCUGUCCGUCUGAACGAGACGUGGACGUUGCGCCGUUCAGACGCCCGGUUGAUGCAAAACGGUGGUACCAGGCUCUAUCGCGGACUGGGCUGAACUAUAGCGAUCGCUUCAUUGGGCUUCAGGACAUGACCGCCAGCCCUGUCGAUAUGAAAGCAUCGCUGAGCAUAUCGGAUCGGCAAACCGACGGCGAGAAGUACGUCCUGCACCCAUCGACCCUAGAUAUCGUCUUGCAGUCCUGGUCCGUCGCAGCUACAAGGGGAGAGUAUCGCCAGCUCGAUAAGAUGUUUCUCCCCACGUUCAUCGAGAAAUUCUACGUCGGACCGGGCGGGCACCAGGGCACGCUUCGAGUGCGCACAACGGCUCAGGAGUCUGCAGUGCUGGCGCUGGGAGAUUCCUACGGAGUGACAGCUACUAAUGAGGUCGCAUUCGUGCUAGCAGGAUUCCAAGGCACGAGGAUGAACGGGGCCAUCAAGCAGGACGCGCCCGCGACAAAUGCGUGGUCGAUCCAGUGGCAUCCAGCCAUUGACUUUGCAGACCCCGGGACCCUGGUCCGUCCUACGCAGGACAUGACUGAUGCCUUUAUGUUGGCGGAGCAAGUUCGUAUCUUGUGCGCCGUGCAGAUUGCGUACGAGGCUGCUACUGUCUCGUCGCUGGCGCAGCCAUUCUUCGCGCACUUUGUGGCUGGGGUGGCGAGGCAACUAGAUCAGAUCGACCAGGGCCAGUCCAAGGUGCGCGAUGCCGUGGAACUCAAGGCACUCGAUCGAGAAGCCCGGAUGAAUAAACUUGCCCGGUGGCGUGAAGAGAGCAAAGGGAGCCCCGUCGAGGCAACGGUCGAAGCGCUCUGGCGCACCUGCAAAAGCAUCAAGGAUGUUCUUCAAGGCCGCCAGGAUUUCCUAGACCUCCUCCUCACAGACGGCACAUUGCAAAAGCUGUACGACGAGUACAACGCUUGGUCUGACAACCGGGUCUUCUUUCAAGUCCUGGGUCUGAACAAGCCGCAGCUUCGCGUUCUAGAGAUCGGGGCUGGCACAGGAAGUCUAACGGCAGUUGUAUUGGAGGCUUUGCAUUCCGCUACAGGGGAGCGGUUGUAUGGGGAGUAUACUAUCACAGAUAUCUCGGCGGGGUUUAUCAACCAGACGAAGGAGCGGUUCAGCCAGUACCAGAACCUGAAGUUCUCGGUUUGUGAUAUCGCGGUUGACCCGCUGGAACAGGGGUUUGAAGCUGGGUCGUACGACCUGAUCCUGGCUUCGAACGUCUUACAUGCCACGCCGAAUGUGACUCAGACGUUGAAGAACUGCCGGAUGCUGCUAAAGCCAGACGGACAGAUAUAUCUGCAGGAGGUAUGUUCAGAGGCCAAAUUCCCUGAUCUCAUUUUCGGGCUCUUCGAGGGAUGGUGGGUUGGUCGUGAAGACGGCCGCGUUGAUCGUCCGGUGCUCUCUGAGGAUGAGUGGGAUACAAGGCUGCGACACAGUGGCUUCCAGGGUAUCCAGUUCGCUAUCCGCGACAAUAACCACCCGGAUCUUUUUACUAUCAGUAAUAUCGUGGCUCGCGCUGGGUUUGACCCGGCCGAAGAGCACACUGAAACCAGGGUAACCCUUCUGAAGCCAAGCACUGAGUUGGGCCAGUUCGGGCAAGUCGUCAAAAGCAUCCUCGAGGGUGCUGGAUACAGCAUAGAUGAGUUCGAGUGGGGAUCCAAGCUUCCAGAACAGCAGGACAUCAUCUCACUUAUGGACGUUGACGACACUCGCCCUGCCCUGCUGGCAGACAUCAACUCGAUAGACCUAGCGAGAUUCGUGGAGACGGUAGAGGAUUUCUCUGGACAGGCACUUCUCUGGCUGAUGCGGUCUGCCCAGACGGAAUGCUUCGACCCACACCAGGGCAAGAUGCUGGGAAUGGCACGAUGCAUUCGGGCCGAGAUGGCCAUUGACUUUGUCACGGUUGAAUUGGACAGACUUGAUCAGGAGACAGGCCACGCUGUGGCGAGCAUUCUCAAGACCGUCCGUCAAGCACAGCAGACCGUAUCAGACACAGACGACAGCCUUGACAUCGAGUCCGAAUACGUUGUCCGCCAGAGCCAGAUCCUCGUCAGCCGGAUGCAUAACCUCUCCGUCGAGAAGGCGCUGGCCGCCACUUGUGCCCCGUUUGACGCCAAACACCUUACUCUCGGCCAGCCCGGUAUGCUCCAGACCAUGUCCUGGGCAGGCCACAGGCUGGCCCCGCUGGCACCUGGAGACGUCCAAGUGAGGAUCCUCUAUGCGGGUCUGAACUUCCACGAUGUCGCAGAGGCGAUGGGGAUCAUGGAUCCAGACGGGCACUCGGAUAGCGACGGAUACCACGGCCUCGGCGCAGAAGGCACCGCAAUUGUCACUGCCGUCGGCGAUGAUGUGAAGCACGUUUCUGUCGGCGACCGCGUGGUAUUCAUGGAGAUCCCCACUGGUGCCUUCGCGACGGAGCUACAGAUGCCAGCGGACCUAGUUAUCCGGGCCCCUGGGAACGUCAGCGAUGAGGAUGCCGCCGGUUUGACCGUCCCGUACCUGACUGUGCUAUGGGGCUUCAUGGAGAAGGCCCAUUUGAGACGCGGUCAGACGGUGCUGAUUCACAGCGCAGCCGGGGGUGUCGGUAUUGCCGCCAUCCACGUCGCACGGUGGCUGCAGGCGGACAUCUACUGCACGGUUGGUUCGCCAGAGAAGGUCGACUUCCUGACCAAGGAGCUCGGCGUGCCCAGAGACCGCAUCUUCCACUCGCGGGACGACAGCUGCAUAGCAGAACUGAUGCGCGCAACUAACGGAGCUGGCGUUGACGUUGUGCUGAACUCGCUCUCCGGGGAAAUGCUCCAUGCGUCCUGGAAGUGCGUUGCUCGCGAGGGCUGCAUGCUCGACCUUGGAAAGCGAGAUUUCCUUGGUCGUGGCCGGUUGGCAAUGCGGCCCUUCGCUGACAACAGGUCGUUCGUUGGGAUCGAUCUGGCGGCUCUCUCGGUGCACAGCAAGCACAAGGUGGCUCCGUUGCUACAACUCAUGGUCCAGCUUCUGCGCGAUGAACAGAUCUUCCCCUUGCACCCUACCACCGUAUUCAAGGCCGGGAGGAUCCAGGACGCAUUCCGAUACAUGCAGAAGGGAGUCCACCGGGGCCGCAUUGCCAUUAAGAUGCCUGGCAACCAUGAAGCGCUCCCGCUCAGUCCGACAACGCCAAAGCCAACUUUCAAGCCGGACGCGGUGUAUCUGCUAUCUGGUGGCCUCGGGGGACUGGGUCGAUCGGUUCUCUCCUGGAUGGUGAGCCAUGGUGCUCGCCAUCUUGCCGUGCUAUCUCCCACAGCAGGGACACGAGAUGAGCAUAUGCAAUUCAUCGAGGAGUUGCGCGAACGAGGGUGCGAGUUACGCUGCUUUGCUGGGGACGUCUCCAAUAUUGGCUGCGUGCGCGGAGUGGUCCACGCUCUGCAGACUGCAGGCCGUCAAAUCCGGGGCGUUCUACAGCUGGCAAUGGUGCUACGAGAUACCGGCUUCGUCAACUUGGACCAUGCCAGCUGGACGACAGUGGCCAACCCCAAGGUGCAAGGCACGCUGAAUCUGCAUCAUGUACUCCCUAACGAUAUGGACUUCUUUCUCAUGUUCGGCACAACCAGCGGGACUCUGGGCGCAUACGGACAAUCCAACUACGCCGCGGCCAAUUCUUUCCUAGACUCCUUUACACACUUCCGUCAUGGCCUUGGGCUCCCCGCUGCCGUGCUGGACAUUGCUGCCGUCGGCGACGUGGGCUACGUUGCCUCGACCAAGGACGUGGCCGAGCGCCUCGAGCGAACGCUCAGCCGGUUCAUGAGCGAAGCGGACUUCCUGUACGGUCUGCAGCUUACCCUUGAACGCUCAGCAGAUAAGUACACGUCGCCUCCGCCGCCAACGCCCACAACGGCAUACCAGGACUCCGCCCAAAUCAUCCUCUACAACGAACUCACUCGGCCCCUGUCCGAUCCCCAGAACACCAUGUCCUGGCGCCGCGACCCGCGUCUCUCCAUAUUCCGCAACAACCAGGACUUCACCGCUGAGGCCGCCACGAGUGGCAGCGAAAGUCUCCGCAGCUUUCUCGCCUCGUUGCCCAGCGAGCCAGAGAAGCUGAAUGACCCAGCGACAGUGACGUUUCUCGCGCAGGAGAUCGCCAGGCGGGUUUUCUCGUUUCUCAUGAAGGAGGACGUGGCGAUUGAUACUUCGCAGACACUCAUGUCCAUGGGCGCGGACUCGCUCGUCGCUAUCGAGACUCGAAACUGGUGGAAACACGCGUUGGCAGUUGAUAUUACAGUGUUGGAAUUGACUAAUGGGGGCCACACGAUGGUGUUCUUGGGCGAGUUGGCUGUUGAGAGGCUGAAGGGGAAAUUCCUGCACUCUGCCAGCUAG